AUAUCGUUAAAUGUCACAACUUACAAUCUUGACAGCUAUGUUUUUAUUUUUCUUUUGAUUGAAAAUUACAAAUUUAAUAGAAAAAUGUUGCAGAGAUUGUUUUGUAAAAGUUUCAGUGUAAAAAAUUGUGGAAGUCAGAAAAAACUACUGUUUAAGAUACCAUUUCAUAACCAUUCCUGUGAACAAUGUCGAUUCAGGUUAUAUUCUAGUCACAAAUUUACAGCGUUACAAAAUAAUUAUGAGAGGACUUUAUUUUGUGAAAAGAAUUUAUUUUUUGUGAGAACUAGAACCUAUACUAGCCAAAUUGAUGCACAAAAGAAGAAUGACCAUAUAGAAACCUUAAAGGAUAAAACCCAAAUAGCCACCUCGAAAAAGAUAAACGUAAAAUUAAAGACAUCUGAAUUAAAACGUUUACUUUCUUUGGCGGAACCUGAGAAAUGGACUCUUACUGGUGCUAUUGGUUUUUUAAUAAUUUCUUCAAGUGUAACAAUGGCAGUGCCAUUUUCAUUAGGAAUGGUAUUAGAUAUCAUUUACAGUGGUACAAAUGAUUUAGUGGCAGCCAGGGAAAAGCUAGACGAAUUAUGUCUAUAUUUGUGCGGUGUAUUUUUGGUUGGAGGACUUUGCAACUUUGGCAGAGUUUACUUGAUGUCAAUAUCGGGUCAGAGAAUGACGCAAGCUUUACGUAAACAAGUAUUCGGGUCUAUAAUGAAACAGGAACCUGCUUGGUUUGGAAAUACUUCUACCGGCGAGCUUGUUAAUAGAUUGUCAGCUGAUACCCAAUUGGUAGGACGAAAUCUUAGCUCAAAUGUUAGCGAUGGUCUGAGGUCAUUGUUUAUGGUCGGAGCAGGUACAGGAAUGAUGUUCUACAUGUCCCCAUCAUUGGCCUUGAUAGGGUUGUGUGUGGUUCCUCCUGUUUCGAUGUUGGCAGUGAUAUAUGGACGAUUUGUGAGGGGCAUUACAAGGCAAUUACAGGAUGCUCUAGCAGAAACUAGCGAGUUGGCAGAAGAAAAAAUAUCAAAUAUAAAGACUGUUAAGUCUUUUAGCAAGGAACAAAAAGAAUAUAACUCUUAUGCACAAAGAAUUGAAUCAUUAUUGAAACUGGCUUAUAAGGAGUCACUUGCUGUUGGCAGUUUUUAUGGUUUGACUGGUCUUGCAGGGAACACAAUUAUUAUACUAGUUUUGUACUAUGGAGGUGGCAUGGUUGCUACGGAACAGUUGACAGUUGGCAACCUAACUUCUUUUCUACUAUAUGCAGCCUAUGUUGGUAUAAGUAUUGGAGGUUUGAGUAGUUUCUAUACGGAACUCAAUAAAGGCAUGGGGGCGGCAACCAGGUUGUGGCAGAUUAUAGAUAGAGAACCUAAAAUACCAGUUACAGGUGGACUUCGACCAAAAAGCAGACCGAGGGGUGAAAUAGUAUUAGAGAAUAUUCACUUCACAUAUCUCGGGGCACCGUUAUUAAGUGGUCUCAAUUUGCAUUUACUGCCGGGCAAGAGUGUGGCGUUGGUUGGUCGUUCUGGAUGUGGGAAAAGUACUAUAGCCUCGCUUAUACUAAGGUUGUAUGACCCGGAGAGAGGGCGGGUCUUGUUGGAUGGUGUUGAUAUUAAGCAGUUGGAUCCUAUCUGGUUGAGGAGCCAUAUUGGUUUUGUUAGUCAGGAACCUGUGCUAUUCACGGGCUCCAUUAAGGAAAAUAUUUUAUAUGGUGCUCCUGAUGAUUACGAUCCUUCGCGUGAAGGAAAGGAUCCUUCAUGGUUGGUGGCUGCUCGGGCUGCCCAAUUGCAAGAGGUCGCUAGUGGUAGCGGAGCAGGUUGGGAGAGGGAUGUGGGCGCGAGGGGAGGACAACUCAGUGGUGGGCAGAAACAGAGGGUAGCCAUUGCUAGAGCUAUUAUAAAGAAUCCAAAAAUCUUGAUACUCGACGAAGCCACGUCAGCGUUGGACGCGUAUUCCGAACAUUUAGUCGAUAAGGCGCUAAAAGAUAUAAGCAGAGAUCGUACUGUACUCACGAUAGCCCACCGUCUCAGUACAAUACAAUCCGCGGACGAGGUCGCCGUCAUCGGUCAGGGGGCUAUUAUAGAAAAGGGCACAUACAACGAACUUAUAUCGAAACCUAGCGGUUAUUUCAGAGAGCUCAUAACACAUCAGACAUUCUCCGGCUCUAAACCAAAAAACAAUAAAGAUUUACAAAGCAAUUGAUAUGUAUAUAAUUUUUUUUCUAUUAAUACUAGUUAUUUAAAUGUUUUGUUAAAUAUCUGUUGUACGAUAUAUUGGUUAAUGGUUAGUUUUGGUUAUAAUUAAUGUGGUUGUCAUUGUAUAGAAUGUAUUUAUUAAAAAAAAAAAAGUUUUACGGCACAGACAACGAAUUAUAUGACUAUUUAUAAUAUAAAACCUUAAAGACAUUUAUUCAGAUAAUAUAUAUGUUGUAAUGCAAUUGGAUGCAUAUUAUUUUAAUUGGAAGUACACGCGCAGUGUGCGGUUUGAUUACCUAAAUGACUUGAUGGGUUCGGUUGCAGCAAACCUCUCGUGUGGACUUUGGAUUUGGACGAAAAUAUCAACAAAACAAUUUUGAUGCGAUACAUAAAAUGUGUUCUAUUGAAAUAUAUAUUUAAAUGUACGGGUUACGGAUUAUUUAAAUUGUAAUAAAGUGGUCGUUUUUUUUA